UUAGCUACUGAGACCUGCACAUACAUGACAAAGUCUCAAGAGAUGUUGCCCUCCCGUACGGGAGGGGAGACUCGCAGAGAUUCCUGUAUUGGUAUAGCGCUUCCGAGGUAAUCUGCGAACUGUGUAACAGAAAAGGACAAGGAAAACCUCCUCCCCCCCCUCUCGUUUCACAUCUUUAGAGCCUUGUUUACUGUGUCCUGUUACCUAUCGCCUUUGACUCGUGUUGCACCACGCACUCUGCUAUAUAAUAGAAAAAAAAAUCUUCUUUUGGACUCACAAACACCCAAGUUCCAGGAAGGAAAUAUACAGUAGGUUGUCCUAAAAAGGGUCUCUGACAAGAACUAAAUAAGUCCGGGACUCUUUGGAUGCUAGGGUUACUGGUCUCCAGAGAAAGGUUUUUAUUUUUAUUGUCCUUCUCCUCCCCCAUUGUUUCCAGUCUCUUUGCCUUUUGUUAUUUGCUCUCAUAUUGUUUGUCUCUGAAGCCGCCUGAUGACCAGCAAAGGGAUUUCACCUCGUCCUUGAGAGCAACAGAAAUAAACAGAAAAAAAAAAACACCCGAUCAUUUUCCCCCUCUCGUUUCGUAUUGGUUCUUGUCCUAUGCACCACGUAGAAGAAGCCAUCAAGAAGAUUCGGUGUGCCAUGCAAGGGUUUUAGGCAGCACAACUCUUCUAGAAUUCCAUCUGAGUCACAGUAUCACACAAGAAUUGCGCUUUCAAAUUCAUGCAGAUGGGUUUUCAGUCCAAAGUCCAGUAUUAUCAGUCUGUACAAUUGUAGGUACAGUGCAGGUGGACGCAGAGCUGAUCCCUGGAAUAGUGCUCACCUUGUGAUUGACACCUGUUCUGGAAGGGCUGCUCAUUGACUAGAGGGUCCUAGAGGCCUUGUCAAGACAGGGAAAAACCUGAACUCCAACCCUUACCAGGACAUUGUGGCCAGAUACCUGGUUCUGUCUGACAGAUGUCUUCCAAGCGACCAGCCUCUCCAUAUGGGGGAACAGAUGGAGAGGUAGUCAUGGCGACAAGCAGACAGAAAUUGGAAGAUGAGGAAAGUGAUGGGCACCCUGUCAUUCACUUACCCCUGAACUCCAGUUACACCACCAAGCUUCACUCAGAAGAGUUUCAGUCACCCAACUCUCUGGCCAGAGAGAGUGUAGGCCUUGACAGUCCUCCAUCUCUCCACAACUCAAUGGACCUAGAUGGCAAUAAGGGUGCGUCUCUGAGUCCAUAUGCUCAACGCAGCUCAUCUACCUCACCGACCAAGAUAGACGAGGGCGUGCGCCAGGGCAGCGACUCGGGCUCCAGCACAGCACUGGGCACCCCAGAGAGACGUAAAGGCAGCCUGGCCGAUGUGGUAGACACGCUGAAGCAGAGGAAGAUGGAGGAGCUUAUCAAAAAUGAGCCUGAGGAAACACCCAGCAUUGAGAAGCUUCUAUCAAAAGACUGGAAGGACAAGCUCCUUGCAAUGGGAUCAGGGAACUUUGGCGAAAUUAAAGGGACACCAGAAAGCCUAGCGGAGAAGGAGAGGCAGCUCAUGGGCAUGAUUAACCAACUGACCAGCCUGAGGGAGCAGCUGCUGGCAGCCCACGAUGAGCAGAAGAAGCUCGCUGCGUCACAGAUCGAGAAGCAACGCCAGCAAAUGGAGCUGGCGAAGCAGCAACAGGAUCAAAUUGCAAGACAACAGCAGCAGCUCCUGCAGCAGCAGCACAAAAUCAACCUCCUUCAGCAACAGAUCCAGCAGGUUCAGGGUCAGCUGCCUCCAUUGAUGAUUCCUGUGUUUCCUCCAGACCAGAGGACUCUGGCAGCAGCAGCUGCCCAGCAAGGCUUCCUGCUGCCUCCAGGCUUCAACUACAAACCCGGAUGCAGUGACCCUUACCCUCUUCAGCUGAUUCCAACUACUAUGGCAGCUGCUGCCGCGGCAACGCCAGGCCUAGGCCCACUCCAGCUGCAGCAACUUUACGCUGCCCAGCUGGCAGCCAUGCAGGUGUCCCCCGGGGCCAAGAUACCCAGCAUGCCACAGACGAACCUGGGCAGCACGCACUCACCGACCAGUGUCCAGACAGAAAAGUGCAGGAGCACCCCUCCAGCUAAGGCCAAGGACGAAGGUGCGCAGCCACUGAACCUGUCGUCCAAGCCGAAGACGUCGGACAGCAAGUCACCGAUGUCCCCAGCGUCUCCGCAGGGCCCCACCCUGAAGAUGAAUGCCAGCUCCAUGAAACACAGCAUCCCAUCCACCAUGGCCGGGCCCCCUAACAGAGUCAGCUCUAUAGACAUCCUGUCCUCUAUCACCUCCAGCGGUUACUUGAAUGAUCACGACGCUGUCACUAAGGCGUUCCAGGAAGCCAGGCAGAUGAAGGAGCAGCUCAGGAGGGAGCAACAAGUUCUGGAUGCAAAAGUGGCCGUUGUCAAUAGUCUGGGCCUGAACAACGGCAGGACAGAAAAGGAGAAGGCGGCACUGGAAAGCCUGACACAGCAGCUUGCUGCAAAGCAAAGUGAGGACGGCAAAUUUAACCACGCCAUGAUGGAGUUCAACAUGAGCGGAGACUCAGAUGGAAGCCCUAGUGUUUCCGACUCCAGGAUGUUUCGGGAAGCCCGAGGCAGGGGUAACACUGAACCUCAUAUAAAACGUCCCAUGAAUGCCUUCAUGGUCUGGGCAAAAGAUGAGAGGAGAAAAAUUCUCCAGGCCUUCCCUGACAUGCAUAACUCUAACAUCAGCAAAAUCCUUGGGUCUCGCUGGAAAGCCAUGACGAAUUUGGAAAAGCAGCCUUACUAUGAGGAGCAGGCCAGGCUUAGUAAGCAGCACCUGGAGAAGUAUCCCGACUACAAGUACAAGCCAAGACCCAAGCGCACGUGCCUGGUGGAUGGAAAAAAACUUCGGAUCGGGGAAUACAAAGCCAUCAUGCGCAACCGACGACAGGAGAUGAGACAGUACUUCACUGUCGGGCAGCAGGGUCAGAUUCCUCUGACGUCGGCAGGAGUGGUGUACCCGGGGGCCAUCGCCAUGGCUGGCAUGCCCUCCCCGCAGAUCCCCUCAGAGCACUCUAGCAUGUCCAGCAGCCCGGAGCCCAGCAUCCCCGUCAUUCAGAGCACUUACUUGCACAGCAUGAAGACAGAGGAGCCCCGCGUCAAGGAGGAGAUGCAGGUGGACGACAGCAAUGGGGACGUGUACGAGGACUUUGAUUACGAGGAUGACGACGCGGACUACGGCAGUGACAGUGAAAACCACAUUGCCGCGCAGGCUGACUGAUAAUGGUGGGGGAGCCGAGGUGUUGACCCGCUUCACGGCCACAGCCGCUUCUUCACCAACACAACCUCUCCUCCCUCCCGUUACUCGCGCGCCCUCUCCUGACCAGCCCCCACCCCCUCCAAGCCCCUCCAGACUCUUUCAGACAGGAGCUAGCCCGCCUCCCUGACCCACACCUCUCCGGUGUCCGAAUACCAGCAGCCAAGCACAUUAACUUUUUGUCAUACACUGACUGUUACACAGAAGAAGAAAAAAAAAAAACGAAAGUCUUAAAAACUUGUCAGGACUUCACUUCUGCUGAAUUCUAGACCUGAGUCUGCGAAGCAGAAUCAGAGAAAAUAAGAAGAAAACCGAAUAAGCUACACAGAAAACACAAAGAGAAAAGAGAUGCUAGUAAUUCAGCUGCUAUACCCAAGCACUGAAGUCUUACCCUUCUGACCUAUUUGUUGAAAAAUAAACUUUAAACGGCUGUUUGUUCUUCGACGUUCUAGAAUAUUCUCACUCAGGUACACAGUGCCAACAAGUGGCUUGUGAAUGUGUUUUGUUGUUUUUGUGCUACAGUUUUAAGAAAAAAAAAUCUUUUUAUUUUUUUUCCUUUAGUAAAAAUGCACCUGACAGGAACAUUUUAAGGCUUCUCUCAAGUUUUUCGAGGGACUUAUUUUAUUGAAUUUCAACGAACUGUCGUCGCAUCCUUUUUUUCUGAGGACUUUCCACCUUUCAUCGCACACCAACAUCGCAUCUUAUAGGAAGUGCCAAAUUUGUACUAGGUGUUGAAAAUAGGUGACCUUUUUUAAUCCUUAACGUCUUAAGUUAGGAAAGUGUUGUGUCUUAGACAAUCCCCCAUACGGUCCUGGAGUACCAGCAACUUGUUGUUUUUAUUCUGUUUGGGCUUCAUGUGUUUGUUUCAUUUUCCUUAAGAAAACUGUAGGUGCAGUUCUCAGGUGAAGAGAGACUUCUGAAACAAGAGAAAUAUGUUUUCUUUUUUAAAACUUUAUGUGUAAAAUUUUUGUGUGUUAUGGUACUAAUAAUGUGUUGGACCAUUAUUAGCAAGUCAGCUCUGGGGAUGAAACUUCACCUUUUCCAUCGUCGUGCUUGCACAUUGGCUAUGUUUGUGCUUUUUUUCAUUUAUAUUUCCACAGAUGUUUAAUUAUAUAACAGUUGCACUUCCCAUGGAAGGACAUGGUACAGUACUCACUAUUUGACCAAGCAGUGCACAAACUGCAGAAAUCUCUGAGCUCUUCACAGCAAGAUGGAAUUAAUAAUAUGAUAAUACAGAUGUUUAUAAUGCUGAAAGCCUUCAAAUAAAAAGUAAUUAGAAUGAUUUAGGUCAGGUAAUGUUGCAUAAUAGGUUUUUGGAGUGUUUCUCUCAAAGUAGAAUAUUUCAGGGGCAGUCUAAUGAGGGGUUAAAAAGCUUCUUAAAAGGGUUUUCUUCUUUUUUAAUCAUUUUUUGGCUCAAACGCUCAAAUGUCCAUGCAGAUUCCAAAAGAAACAGACGACAACUUUCCCAGAAAAUAAAUGUUAUUACUUUAGUGCCCAAAACAUUUCACAUGUCAGAAAGACCCUGCUUUUGUAAUUUACUUAAGUCCACAUCUAAAGAGUUUUUUAAAAAAUACCCAGAAAACCCAAAAGCACAUGCUACAGGUAUUUAGAGUCCACAUCAAGUGCUCUGUGGUCAGCCUAUAAACCACUGAAUAUCAGUUUUCGGUAGCCUGUUGCUGCAGUUUUAUGAUUUAAGAAGUUUAUUCAGUACUUAAAAAUGAAUUAGGUAUUUUCAUGAUUCAGUCAAAAACCGGCGCAAAUAAAAAAAGGAUCAUUAGCAUAUAGAAAUUCUUCUGAGCUCAGUAACAAAACAAAAAGUCAUACAUAUCUGGUAGACCCCUUACCAAAUUCAAGGUUUUCACCUGUGUCUCAUGUCCUUAAAUACUUUUCAUAAAACAGCACGCUUAUUAUGACAAGACUCAUGAGAAGACAACAUUCCUGCAUUCUGCAAGUGAGAAAUCCCUGUCCCCUUUUGUAUUGAUCAAAAAAAUCAGAAUGACGGAUGCAGGCCAUCCUCAAAGAUCUGUGGAUUACGAACAUUGCAUCAGCCAAAACGUUAGACGCAGAAUCUAGGACAUUUCCGAGAUACUGUACUGGACAUGUCCAGGGGAAGAUUAUCUUUGGUCAACUACUACAGUUUAAGGUGAAUGAGGUGGUUGGUCAGUGAUGCAAAGCUUGUGUGGUUACUUUUGAACUUAUACCAGCCACUGGACUUUUGUAUUUUAUCACAAAUGAUGAGAUAUUUGUGGGAUUUGGGCGGUACAUGUAGUGGCUGGCUGUUUGCAUCGCUUUAUGCUCAGUGCAUGGGGAAGAAAAUUAGUGAUAAUGUUAAUCAUUUCUGUUCCUCUGACCCACAUUGGUUAUCGUCUCAAUUUGCCUUGCCCUCCUACUCCCCUGUUGCCAUGUCACAGCUGGUGUUUCUCUGGGGAGAGGCUUUUGACUCCCUGCUGGCCUCUUCGGUAGGCCAUAUGGCAGAGGAGCUGGAUAUUCCAAAUAACAAGAGCAUGAGCCCUUAACAUGUAAAAAUCGCAAAUAAAUGCAUUGAAUCCAAAAUGCAUUAGCUCACUACAAAUGGGUGCUCACUGCUGUGUCGCGGUACGGUCUGUGUAAGAGUUUGUCAUUCUUUCGCGUGUACAGAGCCCCUUCUGUCGUUGCUGUUUUGAAGAUUGCGCUUACAGUGGUGUGGCAGUGUAACGGUAUGGGAAGGGAUCACUGUGGGUUGCUGCACAGCUGAUCACCGUUCCUCGGGCAGAGGUAGCAUGACUUGGCCAGCAUGCAGCCAAUGUCGCUGUGCUGCUUGUUCCCUCUCAAUUUAGCGUACUCGUGCUGGUCAGUGACUCCUUGAAGAAAAAGAAUUCGGCAGACUGGCUUGCUGUGUCCCCAUGAUUUCAUGCCCCUUUUGCUAAACCGCCCUCAUGAAACCAUUUGGCAGCUGCUUCCUACCCUGAAUGGACAUCUGAAGACAAUCUCAACGGAUUCUCCAUGACAUGGUGAAUACCGGCCUUGUGCUUCACCUCAGAGUACCCAUCCUGUAGUGCAGAGUGUUCUGUACAUCCCAAAGGUUGGGAAUUGGAUCCUUCUCCUGGCUUUAGUAGAAGUUCACCAUUUCCUCUGCUCUAUACUUCGUAGCUCAGACUCUUUAGCGUUGUUGAGCAUUUUUAAUUUAAAAUUUGAAGGAAAGGGUUUGUUUUCUUUCUUUUGAGAGAGAGGUGUCAUAUUAUUUCUCUGUGCAUUUCACUCAGUGGUGUUAUUUUAUCAUUUGCAGAAAGUUUAUUCUGGCUGGACGAUGCAUUUAUGAUGUGCCACCGCGAAUAAGUCCCUACUUGCAGAUGUUUAUGUGACGUGAAUCAGGAAUUUCUCAGUUUAAUGUUGCCUGUUAAAUUUCGUUAGCCAAAGGGUAUUAAGGGCAAAAUGUUUGGAGAAGAACAAAAAUAGACCUAUUGGCACUUACCUUGGAAAUUUAAAAAUGGCUCAGGAAAUAAGAUGUCUUGCUUGCUUUUUAACAAAUAUGGACUAAUGGCAACAAAAGUCAGAAUUCCAAUUAUAAUGCUCCUAUAUUUCUGCUGGAAAGCAUUUUGGUCCACACUUUCACACAGUUUUCUUUAACAAGAGUGAUACACUGUGUUUGAAAUCUGUAUGAAACCUCCUGCAUUUCAGAACUAUGACUGAACCCAAGGAAUUUCACUUUUGGAAACAGUAGAACUUUCAUCCCCUUCAUUUUUAAAAAAGUUCUUAUUUUUGUGAAGUCAACUCUGCUGUGGGUGUUUGGAGUAGCUGACCAUAUUCUGCAUGUCAGUGUUUUGUUUGUAUUUGAAGACUGUAUUUUUUCAAUCAAACUGCCUCUAGUGUAAUAAUAUUAUUAAUAAUUAUAAUUAUGGUCAGCUGUUCCUAAGUUAGUAAGUUAUGUAUAAUUUAUUUCUCCUUUAUGUUUUUUUUUAUCUUAUGAAACUGCUCAGCAAUGCAGGAUUACCUUUUAGCUAUACAGUAGGUAUUUAAACCGGAUAUUUAGAUCUAAAAUGUCUUUUUAUUUUUGGUUUGCUUUUUUUGUUUUGUCUGAUUUUAAAUCCUUUUUUUUUUGCUCAGAAGGAGUUAAAAAGAUGGACUGGUGUUGCAAGUGGUGGAGACAAAACUUCUUUCUUACACCAUGCAUUUUCAUUAACUUAACUCUCAUGUCAGACGCAUUUCUUAAAGCACUCUGUACGGACGGGGAAAGAAGAAAGUGUUUUUGUAUUAAUUAAUGUAUAAUGUGAAAUUUUCCUUUUUUUUCUUUUUUAAGGAAAAAAACAACAACAACCAGAUUGUUCCCCAUUUUUGUGAACAAAUGCACCCUGCUCUCUUUUGCUGGGAUGUUAAUUUGAAACAUAAUGGAACAUCAUUAGGAUAAAAUGUAUGAUUGUUGCAAAGUCCUUUUGUACAGGUACCUCUGAACUGUACAGUGGGUGCAAAGUCCCAUAAUCUAUACUUAAGGGGCUAGAAGAUUAAACAUCUCUUAUGUUAAAUACAGUGUUUCUUUAGCUUAGGAUAUGCAGGUAAAUUAAACUGCAUCUAAGGGGAUACACCUUCCUUUGAAAGUCACAAAACCUUCUUACAUCACGAUUUGAUGCUAAUGAUGUUCCAUUGUGUUUACCCUGCUAUGGAAGGCGAUAUGUUUUAUUUAUGUAACUGAAAACCUAGGAAGACUACUUUGUUUUAGCUCCAAAACAUGGUGUAACCAUGACCGUUUUUUAGUCAGUGACUUUCAGGAUGUAGUGCUGGAAGGUUUUCCUCUGGCGCAGCCAGCAGUAACAACAUUCUGGGGCCACCACAGAACCAGCUCCUGACUUCCAUCAGGUCGCACUUCUCAGUUUCUUCUGUAUGACGCAGAGUUAAAUUAAUAGACUGGCAACUGCUGGAGACACAGGACGUCUAGGAAUAUAAAGCAGACCGCUUGUGAAAGGUGUAAGGCUGGGCAUUAAAACAAUCAGCUGCAAUGUAAAAUUAAUUCAUAUUGUAGUUUAGUAAAGGCACAGCAAAAUACUAUAUGCAUUCUUCUACAUGCCAUGCUUACUUAACUGAAAGCAUACUGCUAGUAGAGAUGUUGAAUCUAACUGACAAAGCUUCCUAUUUAAAGGGCCCAGUGGAUAACUGCACUAGACACUUGGUGAUGUGCAGAUCUUAAAAUAAUACGAAUAAUUAAUUUCAUUUAUGUAAUGCUUUUCAACCCAAAGGAUCUGAAAGUGCUUGACACGUAGGAGGAGACUCAAUUAAUGUGCCACUGAAGGGUAGCACCCACCUGGGUGACACAAUGCAAUCAUUCUGCACCAGCAGCUCCACUAUAGAGCAGGUUGGAUGGAGAAGUUCCUUUACCUUUUGAAUGGUAUGGAUCGGUAUUUAUAUAAGAAUGAUCUAUCAGUUUCCUGGACCCAUAAGUAUUAGUCUGCACUUGUUAAAAAAAAACACAACUCAGUUCCCAAUUCAUAAUGUCACUGGCCUCUGCUAUUUUCUGCCGAAAAAUAACACGAACAAUAGAAACAAAUAAAAAAUGAGACAAUCAUGAAAUUAUAAAUGGAGCUUAAAACAAAGUAAAAGAAAAAAAACGUAUC